UGUUAGGGAAGCGGUUCGCCAAUGAAGGGCUCAAGUCUAGUCACUCGCGAGCCAAUGAGCAACAGGAGGUUGCACGCAGCACCUCGCGUAGCAGGUGUUGAUAUGCGGGUUCAGCCGAAGCACUCUCGCUCAGAAUACAGUGGCUUUUUGAGCGAGCAGCGGCGGAGAACGGAGGCAGCGCGGUAAGCAGCUGCGGCUGGAUCGCACGCCAGCGUGUGACGUCUUGUCCACCGCCUUCGGCGAGCACGCACCGUGCGCACCAUGAGGCGAGCCUGCAGCUGGAAGCCAGACCCGGAAGGCGACAGUGUUGCCAGACCAGUCACCGUAAACGGUCACACAGCAGCCGAGAAAGUUGGCGGCGUUCCCGCUGGCGACGGCGGCGACACGCUGAAAGACGAGGCAUUUGCCAAAAAUGGAGCGGAGGUUGACAAGAAGAGCAAGAGGAAGAUGGCCGUGCCUGACGGCGGGCUCAGCUGGGCGAUGGCCGUGGUCUGCUUCAUUAUCAACAUGCUCUCCUCGGGCUAUUGCCGUUGUCUGGGCCUCUUCUUCAACGCCAUCAUGUCCACGUUCAGAGUACCCCGAGGAGAGGCCUCGCUCCCCUUGUCGGUCUACGGCGGCUUCUUCAACUUGAGCGGCCUCAUCUCCGGCGCCCUGAUACAGGCUUUAGGGGUGCGCAAGUCAUCGUCCAUCGGAAGUGUCCUGACCAUCGUCGGGCUCUCCAUCUCCAUCUUCGCCAACGGAACAAUCUUCCUCGCCUUUUCGGCGGGCUUCCUGAUGGGUGCCGGCCAGGGUAUAAUUCUCAACAGCAUCAUAGUGUGCGUGAGCCAAUACUUCGAGAAGCGGCGAGGCACCGCUCUUGGCCUCAACAUGGCCGGCGCAACGGUGGCCUCUCUCGUCUUCCCAAAUCUGUACGAGUUCCUGAUCGCCGAGUACGGCCUUCGCGGCACUCUCCUCAUCAUUGGCGGUUCGCUGGGAAACGUGUUGGCCCUUUCCAUGCUCCUCAACCCGCCUCCGUGGGAGAAGGAGGCAGGCGAGCGCGGCCCCGUGGGUCUGGAAACCAACGAAUCUUCUCGUGCACCCUACGACACCCCGGCAAACGGCGAGUGUCGGUCGUGUGCGGUGGUACAGAAGAGGACAAGGACAAACUCUACUUGGAAAUUGAGCCGUCGCGUACGGCGUCUCCGCAAAGCAGGAAAGCCACCUUGGUCAGCAUCUCGAACCGUGGAACCGGCACCUACAGACGGGGAACCAUCAUCAGUGUUAACGACAGGGAGAGCGUCAUCGGGAACCGCAGGGGAACCAUCAUAACUCUCGGU